AUGGCAGAUCGGCCUCCUUCGAAGCGGCUUCGGCUUGGUUCGCUUGCAGACGGCAUCCGUUGUGGGAGAACACGUCCGUUUAGUGAUUUGUGCACUGACCAAGCACCUCAGCAGCGGCAGCAUGCUGCAUCACAGCAGACAGCCGCGCCAGCUAAUUCAACAGGGUCCGCAGAGGGCCAGCAAGCGGUUGCUGCUGUUGACACACCGCUGGAGGAGCAGCAACAGGCUGCUGAACCUUCUGCUGCGGAAUUACGGGCUAAAUGGCGCCGGCAGAAAGCUGCACAGCGUGCCGCAGCCCCUCCUGAGUUGCGGGUGUUGCAGCGCCAGCAGGAUGCUGCACGGCAUGCAGCUGCACGUGCCGACCCGGAGGUGAGGGCACAGCAACGGCUGCAUGACACUGCACAGCAUGCCGCUGCCCGUGCUGCUCCGGAGGUGAGGGUGCAGGAGCAGCUGCGGAACACUGCGCAGCAUGCCGUUGCCCGUGCUAAUCCGGAGGUGAGGAUGCAGGAGCAGCUGCGGAACACGGCACAGCAUGCGGCUGCACGGCAGGUGCAGCAGCAUGACCAGCAGGCCGCCCCUAGGGAUACAAUAUUGACUCGCAUGCACCGUCUCUUGCGGUUCGCGGACCUUCAUCGUGACGACGCCGUUGACUUGCCAGAAUUUCUUUUGGCGAUUCCAGAGGGCCGCAUGCAGGACCUUCCUGGCGGUCAGUUACCGCCUGACAGGCAGGUACCGUACACCGUGCAGCUGCAGUGUGCAUCGACCAUGGCUGCUGCCUUGCGCCGGCGCAUGCCCUCCCGUGUCUGUGCUGUGUGCUCUGAGGUGUGCUCGGAGGACCAGUCGACGGUGCUGCACUGGAUAGAGAUUCCCAACACGCAGAGCUGCAUACUUGAGGGCUUCCGGGUUUACCGAUCCCUGGCUAAGACGGUCUUCUUGCUGGAGAAGCAGCAGCGCCAGGACAGCAGCCCCUCUGGUCGUCGCCUGACAGAGUAUGCCUCUAUGUUUGGCGGUGAGCCAGCCACCGAGCAGCGCAUAGCCGAGAUGGUCGACGACCUUAACAGCCGUGCCAUCGUCGACUUGGCCGACCUGGCACACCUCGAGCCGCGCGUCGUGCUGCAGAGGAACGAACCACGCCACACACUCAAUACCCGGCUCAUCAUGCUGGAGGCACAGCGCAAGAAUCAGCGCCUUGUGGUGUGGAAUGCGGACCACGUCCCUGUCCAGAAGCGUGGUGCUGCUGCGGAACCGGCCCUGACACACGUGGAGAAAGCAGUUGCAAUGCGGAUCAAGGAUCACGAGUUUGGCCACACCACCGCCGACACGUGGUACUACCAUGGCGCCCGAUACAUCCUCCUUGAUACGACAGCUGCCGAUGCCGGAGCGAGCCACAACAACGAGGUGGAAGCCUGCGGCCUGCUUGAGGAUGGCCGCGAGCCAGCCGAUGACGGCCGUGGCCCCUACCGCCGGCUCAAGUACCUUCCGGUGGCCGUCAUUGUGCGGCCUAUAAGCGGCCACAUCCCCGGCACCGUGCUGCAGGGCCUUGGAGACUACGCCAGCAGGGGUGGUGCCUUCAUCCUGUCACCCCGGGCGUCUUGCAUUGCCGAGGUGGAGAUGCCUGCCGCCGGGUACGGCACCAUCACAAAGCAGAUCCGGCGCCUGAACGUGCCGCUCGGCGACCGCCAGGCGGUCACCGAUUACUUCGUGCAAGGCCGCAGCUUCAAAGACGAGUGCUGGCUGGUGGAUCUCGCUGUCCCACCCAACGGCAUCAAGCGCGCCACCCUGUAUGUGCUGCUGACCCGCUUCAAGACGCUGGACCACUUUUGCGCACUGUGCGCAGAUUUAUUUAUGCUACCCGAUCUACCUAAGCAGACUCAACUCCUCUUUGUGCGCAACUUCAAAAUUGUGCACAUCGAGGUUUGGGCGGUGCUGGGCCUUGUGAGGGCGCAGGAACAGCUGCGUGACGCUGCGCAGCAUGCAGCUGCACGUGCUGACCCGGAAGUAAGGGCGCUCCAGCAGCUGCAGAACACAGCACAGCAUGCAGCUGCACGUGCUGACCUAGAGGUGAGGGUGCUCCAGCAGCAGCAGAACACAGUACAGCAUGCAGCUGCACGUGCUGACCCGGAGGUGAGGGCGCUCCAGCAGCAUCGGAACACAGCACAGCAUGCGGCUGCACGCCAGCUGCAGCAGCAGAACCAGCAGGCCGCCCCUAGGGACACCCUAUUGGCUCGCAUGCACCGUCUCCUGCGCUUUGCGGACCUUCAUCGUGAUGCCGCCAUUGACUUGCCCGACUUCCUUUUGGCAAUUCCAGAGGGCCGCGUGCAGGACCUUCCUGGCGGUCAGUUACCGCCUGACAGGCAGGUACCGUACACCGUGCAGCUGCAGUGUGCAUCGGCCAUGGCUGCUGCCUUGCGCCGGCGCAUGCCCUCCCGUGUCUGUGCUGUGUGCUCUGAGGUGUGCUCGGAGGACCAGUCGACGGUGCUGUACUGGAUGGAGAUUCCCAACGUCGACAUUCUACGUGCAGACGUCAUGUGUACUGACGCUGUGCAGCGCUGGGGGCGUACUUUGGUGUGGCAGCGGAUGGCGCGUACAGCUCAGGGAGACGCACCACCGCCACCUGAUCCGGUCCUGCCGGCUCGGUAUCGUGUUAGCCGGGCUGAGCGGGCUGGUGCUGUGGAUGAGGACGGCGGCAGUGCUAGUGGAGCAGGCAGGCUGGUGGAUGAUGCAGCGGAAGGGGCAUUGGAGAUGGGUGGUGAUGCUCCGGAGACUGGUGAUUUAGAGGCAGCGGCGGCUGGGCAGGAGCCGCCCGAGCAACUUCCGCUGGACCAGCAGCCGCGUCCUCCGCGGGUGCUGCCCAGAGCCUGCCUUGACGACCCAGCUAGUGUGGAGGUGCCGUACUGCAUGCGGUUAGAGCCGGAUCUGCCCAACCGCACUAUGCUGGUCGGCGACGGUGUUGCAGAACGCAUAUUCAUAUGCAACGCCUGCCACAAGGCCUUGAGUGCCCGCCGAGUUCCCGAAGCUGCACUGGCGCGUCUGGACCCUGGCGAUGUGCCGCGCGUCAACCAUCUGGGUGACCCUCUGCCGUCGCCCACUUUCCUGGAGGGGCAGCUUCUGGGCCGCGGCCGCAUCAUCCAGCAGUUGCUCAUCAUGUACCUGGCAGACCGACCGCCGGACGUCUUCCCGCAUGCUGUAAAGACUCACGGCAUUGGGGUCGUAAAUCCUGACCCGAAUAUGCUGCGAGCACAGCUGCCGGCACGGGCGUCCGACCUGGCUGGCGCUAUCACGGUUGUGUGUGUCGACCAGGUUCGCAACCGGGCGGAGCUGCUGGAACGUGUGCGAAAGGCGCCAGGUCUACAGGUGCGAGGACAGGUCAUCGUCGCCUGGGUCCGGUUCUUGCAGCACAACGACGAGGAGGAGCUGGCUGUUGAUGAGGAUGCUCUGCAGGAGUACGAACGCAUGGGCUGUGCUGCANGUGUGCCGGACGAAAUCCUGCACGCCGCCCUUGCGCCGACUGAUCUGGAGGUGGCGAACGUUCUCCGCACCACUUUCCUGCACGAUCGCACGGGUGCGGCAGGUGUGCGGCAGUUCCAGGACGUGGUGGAAGCGGCUGUUCGUGAUGGCAAUCUUGCCGAUGCAACUGCGGUACCUGACGUGGAUCCUGUAGGACCGGUGCAGCCACCGCUGGCGGAUCCGACCCCGAAUGCAGGACCGGUGCAGCCAACACUGGCGGAUCCGACCCCGAAUGCAGGGCAAGACCCUGGACUGGGGCCAUUCACCGCCAUCCUGCGUGGACCUGUCGACCAGCCAGUUGAAGGUGCACCAGUCGAUCCGGCAGCUGCCACUCUGGACGAGCUGGAGCUGAUCCUGCCACAGCCGUCGAAUGUGGGCGAUGAUGGCAGCGAAAUCGACCGCUUCCCGGGCCGAGUGGAGGACCUUCUGACUGGCCGCGCACGGCUUGCGUUUGCGGCUGGUGGCCGUGACAGCCACGUGCUGGAUGACCGUCAUCCCGCCAUCCUCACCCUCUGCUUCCCCCAGUCCUUCCCGUACGGCUUUUCUGGUCAGCGCCCCCGCGGCAUGUCUUUUCCGGCGUAUUGUCGCCACCUGCUGCACCGCGUGCCACGGACGCAAUUCGGCGGCAAUCUCAUGCUGCUGGCACGCAUGUACGACAUCUGCAUGCGCCACGAAAGCAUGGCGCAAGUGGGCAUUACCAUGAACAUGCGGCCGCAUCUUGGCGAACCAGCAGCGCGUGUGCCGCGUGAUGUCAUCCGUGCUAUGGGCACCAUACUGGCGCUGCCGUAUCGGCACUCACAGCGGCGGCAGCUGCUUGCACAGCAGUCGCCGCUGGUUAAGGCGCUGGUGGAGGGGGCCCGCCUCAGUACUCUGCGCCUCGACCUCACAGACGCGUAUUACAACGGUGCCCGAUCCAAGAUGCGUGCAGCCGCCCUCACCAUUGGCUGGCCCCCGCUGUUCUUCACCGUAAAUCCGGCAGAUAUGCAUGCAGCCUUCGAGCGCCUUCAGGCGCUGUUCAGUGGACCCAACUGCCGAGCGCUGGCCCUGGCAUACGCCCUGUGCGCCAUGUGGUAUCCCUCGCCGUACUAUGACCCUUUCACCCGCGGUGCAGAACACUACGUCAUGGACAUGACCGUCGAAGAGGUCCAGCAGCAUGGCCGUGCACCUCCGCCCGUGGACAAGUCCUGCCCGCCUGCAGCGUACGAUUUUGGCAGGCUCGCCGGCUGUGCAGGUGGCGGACUCCUGCCGCCUCCCCGGCACGCUGCUUGUCGCGCGCACCAUGCGGCCGUCGUUCGCAGCACGCUUACUCAUACGCAUAACGACACCUGCAAGCGACACGGCUGCCGUGGCACAGAUGAUAGCUGUGGCAUGGCGUUCCCUCGUGUCCUGCGCAGCGCCUUCCAGUGGAUUGGCACCAGCGGCCUCUUCCUUCUGCCGCGAUUGGGCCCGAACAUUGUACCGCACAUGCCAGCUGCAGCGCUGGCAUUUGGGUGCAACCAGCUGUUUACUCUGGCGUGCGAGGUGGAUCGCGUCUACACUGCAGAGGCAGCAGCGCAACUGGCCCGCCCUGAAGAUGAACGGGGGGACUGUGCGCUGCUGCAGCCUGCUGCUGACCGCGCCCGCGACGCUGCCUACUACAGCACGAAGUACACUGGCAAGAGCAUAAACGACAGCCAGGCGCAGCUGACAUGCAACGCUCUACCCCGAGUGCAGGAUUUCCUGCUAGCUGGAAGGAUGCCGAAUCCGGGUGCCACUGGGCNCACUGCGUUUGGCAACAUGUGUGCCACCGUGCAUCGCAUGACCGCUUCCAUUACGGCUGGUAUGGCGCUUGUCGCCAUGAAGCUGGACGGUCAUUCCACCUUCGAAGCGACGUUCGAGUGUGCAUACCUGCAGGUAGACGCAUUCACGGCGCUAUCUGCGGGCGCGGAGCAAUCUCCUGAGGCGGCGACCACAGCGGCGGUACUGGUGGAGGCUGAGGAGCAGGAGGCCUACACGGUGACCAACGCCGUGCAGAGCUACGUGCUGCGGGGGGAAGAACUCAGCGGCCUGGACUGCAGCGUGUACAACCUAUCCUCCAACUAUGAGGUCCGACCCCCGGCCCCUCCUCCUGAGCCACCUGCUCCUACAGCUGCAGCGACACUCGACCAGCCAACGUCUCAGACAGCCACGGAGCUGCCCCGCCUGGUGGCCUUCCACGGCACGCAUCUGCUCUACAGAACACAUGUCCACGUCCGCCUGCCGCGGCCGCGCUACGUACAGCUUGGAGGCUCUCUUCCCCGCCGGCCCCGCCCUGGCACCUCUGCUGCGGGCAUGGCGCAGUACUACGCGUUUGUCCUGGGUACUUUCAAGGCUCACCGGGGUCAGCCCAUCCCCCCCGGGCUGACUGUAAAGGAAGCCUACGACACCUGGUGGGCAGAGCUGGGCACUACCGAGGCAGGUCGCUCGUACCAGGCGUAUGUAUCGGUGCUGCUGGACAACAUCGAAGAGGACCACGCUGGGAAAGCCCGCCGUCAGGCGGAGUACAACCAGCGGCGCCGCCAGCAGCGUGCGGCAUCGGCAGCAGCCGCGCUGCCUGAAGGUGACAGCACGAGCGCUUCGGAUGGAGAUGCCGAUGACGGCAUCCGCGGGCAUCUCAGACCUGAUCCUGAAACACAGCCGCCCGCCGAGGACCAGCUGGAGCACUUCGUGUACAUCCCAGGUCAGGAGUAUCCGACGGCUGGCACCGACCUCGCCGCCGUCGCUCUUACUGACCUGUUUGACUGCACCAACGCUGCUGGCGCGUAUGCCUAUGAUGCAGCACGGCGCUGCCGAGCCCCGGCCCUAGCGGACGGCCAUGGUGCACGCAGCGAUCGUUUCAGCCGUCGGAUCACGCCAGCGGACCUGCCCCUCCUGACUGAAGCAACCAAGCGUCUGAAGCGGUAUCUCGUUGCAGCAGCAGCCGGCACUGUUGAGGCAGAUGGGGGCGCCCACACGGGACUGACGGCCACACCUGAGAUGGACACCCCUCGUGUCGAGCUGCACCGCCCCACCAGCGGACCCCUGGUCGCCAUCGUGUGCAUGCCUGGCACUCCUGAGCGGACUGAACAGGCUCGCAUGCCCAUCUAUGUGCACCUCCCCCAGCCGCCCAGCAUCGACGACACCAUCGAGCUGUUCACACUUGCCCCCCACCAGGCCGUGCCCUUCAUGCUCAUGGCUCGGUACUUCGAUCAUCGUGAUGAGCCCAACCCUGGCGACCCGCCGCAGAUGCUUGUGGAGGGCAAGCCCGGUACCGGAAAGAGCCAGUUCGUACAAGCACUCCUGUGGUACACCUUCCAGCAUGGCUGUCCGCACUGGGCGGCCACCUGCGCCUACUCAUGGGCUGCUGCAACUGCCUUCAGCACGCCGGUGCAUCGCAGCCUCUCUACCCACGCCAUGUUUGCCCUAUCUGCUGGCAGCAACCGAGCGGACAGCGUCAGGAAAGGCAGCGCAGCCAGCCUACAGGUGCAUCGGAAUGUCGGCGAUGGUGCACUCAUCAUUGACGAGAUCGGCAUGAACAGCCUGGACCACCUGGGUGUGUGCAACCAGUCCUGCACUCGUCACCUGUUGCCGCCACCGCAUCUCGCCAGCGACCACCCCGCCGCCACCAUCUUCAGCGGCCGUCCUAGCGCCAACACGGGCGACGAGUUCCAGCACCCGAAGCCAGGUGGCCCGCCCCUCUACAAGUACGCCGCUGCUGUGGAAUUGCACCCUCAGUUCUCGCCCUCUGUCCCACCGCGCAACCUCUGCACGGAGAGGAGGACAACGAUGACGACCCUAAUGAGGCCGCCGCUGGAUCUCAAGGCGACGCAGAGCUGCAUACUGNAGGGCUUCCAGGUUUACCGAUCCCUGGCUAAGACGGUCUUCUUGCUGGAGAAGCAGCAGCGCCAGGACAGCAGCCCCUCUGGUCGUCGCCUGACAGAGUAUGCCUCUAUGUUUGGCGGUGAGCCAGCCACCGAGCAGCGCAUAGCCGAGAUGGUCGACGACCUUAACAGCCGCGCCAUCGUCGACUUGGCCGACCUGGCACACCUCGAGCCGCGCGUCGUGCUGCAGAGGAACGAACCACGCCACACACUCAAUACCCGGCUCAUCAUGCUGGAGGCACAGCGCAAGAAUCAGCGCCUUGUGGUGUGGAAUGCGGACCACGUCCCUGUCCAGAAGCGCGGUGCUGCUGCGGAACCGGCCCUGACACACGUGGAGAAAGCAGUUGCAAUGCGGAUCAAGGAUCACGAGUUUGGCCACACCACCGCCGACACGUGGUACUACCAUGGCGCCCGAUACAUCCUCCUUGAUAUGACAGCUGCCGAUGCCGGAGCGAGCCACAACAACGAGGUGGAAGCCUGCGGCCUGCUUGAGGAUGGCCACGAGCCAGCCGAUGACGGCCGUGGCCCCUACCGCCGGCUCAAGUACCUUCCGGCGGCCGUCAUUGUGCGGCCUAUAAGCGGCCACAUCCCCGGCACCGUGCUGCAGGGCCUUGGAGACUACGCCAGCAGGGGUGGUGCCUUCAUCCUGUCACCCCGGGCGUCUUGCAUUGCCGAGGUGGAGAUGCCUGCCGCCGGGUACGGCACCAUCACAAAGCAGAUCCGGCGCCUGAACGUGCCGCUCGGCGACCGCCAGGCGGUCACCGAUUACUUCGUGCAAGGCCGCAGCUUCAAAGACGAGUGCUGGCUGGUGGAUCUCGCUGUCCCACCCAACGGCAUCAAGCGCGCCACCCUGUAUGUGCUGCUGACCCGCUUCAAGAUGCUGGACCACGUCCGUCUGCUCCGGCCGCUCUACACUACACCGCACGAGCGCAAGAGGAUAAUCAAGCAGUUCCUCAGCGCGACUAACCUCGAGCCGGACCUGGCCGCCAACCUGCGCCUGCUGAAGCAGGCAGCGCGCGAGACCGAGCAGCACUAUACAGCCGAGUUCCAGCAUGCGCGACAGCUGGAAGCGUGCUGGACCGGCCCGGUCCAGGCCUAG